AUGGAUUGGAACACUAGCGCAGAUUGUUGUGAGUGGGACAGAGUGACUUGCGACCACUCUACCGGUGAUGUUAUCGGUCUAGACCUUAGAUGUGGUAUGCUACAAGGUACCAUCCAUUCCAACACGUCCCUCUUCAAUCUUCCCCGCCUUCAAAGACUCGCCCUGGGUUACAAUGAUUUUAGUGGUUCUCAACUUCCACGUGAAAUUGGUAAGCUCUCAAAUACUCUCACACUUCUCGACAUGUCUUAUGGUGGGUUUUAUGGCCAAGUUCCAAUGGACAUCACACUUCUUCAUAAGUUGGUGUAUCUCGAUCUGUCUUGGAAUACAUUCAAUUUUGAACCUCAUGCUUUCAUUAAUCUGCUUCAAAAUUCUACUACUUUGGAAGAACUUUCGCUUUCAUCUGUCAAUAUAUCUUCAUUUUUACCUACUAAUCUUAAUAUAUCUUCUUCUUCUUUAAAAAUACUAAAUCUUCACCAGACUGGAUUGCAAGGAAACUUACCUGUUAACAUUUUUAAACUUCAAUCUUUGGAAAUACUCGACUUAUCCCUUAACAGUUUAGCAGGCCAAGUCCCUUGGGAAGUCUCACUUCUUCCAAAAUUAGUUUCACUUGAUCUUUGUGGGAGACUGUAUUGUAAUUUGAGCAUUAAACCUCAUAGUUUUAACGGUCUCCUUCAAAAUUCUACUCUACUGAGACACCUUGGGGUUACUGGUGUUAAUAUAGGUAUCUUGCCAACAUAUCUUACUAUAUCUUCUUCCUCUUUGAAAACAUUGAAUCUUCGUGGUACUGGUUUGCAUGGGAAAUUACCUCUUAACAUCUUCAAUCUUCAGUAUUUAGAAGGGCUCGAAAUGUCAGGAAACCCUAACCUUACUGGUUCACUGUCCAUAGUUACCCCCAGCACAACCAUCCCUCCUCUUACAUUCUUAGGUCUAUCAUCCACCAACUUAUCCGGAGAGAUCCCUGACUCAAUCGGACGAUUAAAGUCUUUAAGGUACCUGGUUCUCUCACAUUGUGGUUUUAGCGGGUCCAUUCCCCAAUCUAUAGGUAGCCUCUCAUAUCUUAUCUAUCUAGACUUAUCAAAUAACAAACUCAAUGGGAUGUUGCCAUCUUCGCUAUUUUCUCUUCGAUCAUUAGAACAGUUAUCCCUUGCUUAUAAUCAAUUUGCUGACCAUAUUGAUGUCCAUGACAAAGUGCCCAAUCUUCAUACAUUUUGUCAACUAACCAACCUCACUGCCCUAGACCUUUCACAUAAUAACUUGAGCGGUCGCUGGGAGUUGGAUGCAUUGUUAUCGAGUCUCACAAGCCUUAAAAACCUCAUUCUCUCCUACAGCGGCGUGUCUGUUAUGACCAAUGAUGCUAAUUAUCAUGUCAACCCAAAUUUGGAGGUCUUAAGUUUAGCCUCUUGCAAGAUAAAGGUGUUUCCCGAUUCCCUAAGAUCCAUGAGAAAUCUUCAAUAUUUAGAUCUAUCCAGGAACGAAAUCCAUGGCCACAUUCCUCACUGGGCUGGGGUGAUGGGAGGUAGCCAGUUGAAGGUUUUGAGUCUCUCAAAUAACUUUAUAACAGGCUUGCCACUUUUUCAGUGGUAUGGACUCCAAGAACUACAACUUUCAUCCAACCUGAUUCAGGGACCAUUCCCUCGAUCAAUUUGCAAUUUGAGCAAUCUAAUGUUUAUCGAUGUGUCAAAUAAUAGCUUCGAUGGAGUGAUUCCACAAUGCAUUGGAAAUAUCACCCAUUCUCUUCGUGUCAUGAAUCUGGGGAAUAAUUUUUUCCAAGGAACCAUACCAAAUGCAUUCAUGGACUGUGGAAGAUUACAAGGGCUUAUUAUGAAUGGAAAUGAACUAGAAGGAGGGUUGCCAAGUUCCUUGUCCAAAUGUCAAUCCUUGGAAGUAAUUGAUUUGGGAAACAAUCAAUUAAAUGGUACAUUCCCGUACUGGUUAGGAUCUCUUCCAAAACUGCAGGUUGUCGUCCUCAAGUCAAACAACUUCCAUGGCAUCAUUGAAACCCCUUCUACAAUAAAAGUGCCAUUCCAAAGUUUACGAGUUCUUGACAUUUCUCAAAAUUGGUUUGUAGGCCAACUCCCUCAAAAAUACUUCCAAAACUUCAAUGCCAUGAAAGUUUUAGGAAUGAAGAGAACAAAACAAGAAUAUUUGUAUUAUUCUAUCACUUUCACAGUGAAAGGAGUAGAGCAGCGUUUUCAAAAAAUUUUAGUUGAAUACACAAUUAUUGAUUUAUCGGAUAACAGAUUUGAAGGAGAGAUUCCAAGUAUUAUCGGAAGUCUUAACUCAAUGAUAGUGCUCAAUUUAUCCCGCAACAGUCUCACUGGUCAAAUUCCACAUGCUCUAGGGGAUCUUUCAGAGAUUGAAUCAUUAGAUCUGUCUUGUAACCAGCUCACAGGAGAGAUCCCUCAAAGCCUUGUGGACUUGACGUUUCUUGAAUACUUAAAUCUCUCCCAAAACCAUCUCAUGGGUCGCAUUCCAGUUGGAAAUCAGUUUAACACAUUUGGAAGUAGCUCAUUUUCCGGGAACCCAAAACUUUGUGGUCUUCCAUUGCCUAAAAGGUGCCAUGAGAAUGUCGAAGGUGAUGCAGAUGACGAUGAAGAAGAGAAUUGGUUUACAUGGAGAGUGGUGACGUUGGGAUAUGGCUGUGGGACUCUAAUUGGAUUAGUAAUGGGAUAUUUCAUGUUGUCAACCGGAAGACCAAUGUGGUUCAAUGCAAUUUUUGAUGCAUGGGAGCAUAUGAUCUUAAAGAACAGAAACAAGAAAAGAUGCAUAUAUAUAGGAAGAUGAAAUUUGUUAUUAGAAAAAGGUAAAGAGUUUUGGGCGCACUUGGACCUUCGGAAUCAUGUAGAUUCAUAUUUCUAGUCCGUUUGGAAUUACAUUGUAAUUUUAGUACAUUGUUGUUAGGAUUUAUUGCUUAGUUUGUAGAGUGGAUACUAUGUGUUAAUACAAGAACUUUAGAAUCUAUAAAUAAUCUUCCUUGAUA